GUGGCAGUCACGUGAUCAGGGCACCCGGAAGUAAAGCGCCGCUGGUGCCGUCGAAGCGGAAGCGGCAGUAAGUCCGGCGCAGGAAGACACGCCUCCUUCCCCGUGUGAGCCGGACGGUGUCCUCGGAGCUUUGAGGGCUGCACCCAGAGGUGCUUGUGGCCUCAGCGCGAAGGAGAGAAACGUUUCAAAGUAAACAAAAUGCAACCGCACUCUGACGUCACUUACUGGAGUGAAGCAGAUCGUGACCUUAAAGGAAACUCGUCUAAGACUGAAGCGCAGCGCGGAUCAGCGCGUCCUCCGUCGGUCCGAUGAGCUGCGCGCUGGACGAGCGGGACUUCCGGCGCUGCUGUCGCCUCCUGCUGCGGAGGUCCAAGCAGCUGCGGGACGGCUGGAGCUGGGAGCCCGUGCAGGGAUCGGAGGAGGGCUACCUGAGGAAGACCGCUGUCAGGUCGGUCUUCCUCGACCCGGAAGGAUCCGGUUCAGACUCGGAGCCGCGCGCCUCCGGUCCGUCCGGUCCUGGUCAGCAGGAGGAGGAGGAGGAGGUGCAGGCAGCUGAUACUGACCGGCGGGUCAUAGAGGAUGAAGAUGAAGAUGAAGAUGAAGGGGUCUGCGGGGUGUCCGCAGGCAGCAGCCAGGUCCUCCAGUACGAGUAUCACAUCCUGCACUCCUGCAGCUACGCGGCUCCUGUGCUCUACUUCAGAGCCUUCACGCAGGGUGACCCAUGCACACACACACACACACACACACACACACACACACACACACACACACACACACACACACACACAGUGUGUUGGAUGCUGAUGGUUUUGCUGAUGGUCGGAUGCUCUGAGUGGUUUGAUUGCGUCUUACUUCGCUGCAAACUGGGCGGCGCAACUUCAUCAACAACCCCACAAACAAAAGGUGGAAGUGUGAGAAUCUCGGCCAAGAAGAGACAAGAGGCUCCUAAAAUACUGCCGGCAGACGAGGGGAGGAGCCUGUCGCUGGAGGCGAUGUGGAGCUCCGUCCAUCCCAACUACAGGCUCCGGCUUCAGAGCAGCCCGCUGAACACCAUCAGUCUGCAGGAGCAUCCUCUGCUGGGUCAGCCCUUCUUCAUGCUCCACCCCUGCAGGACGGAGGAGGUCAUGAGGCCGGUGCUGCAGGCGGCUCACGAACAACACAGACCGGUGAACUACGUGCUGUCGUGGCUCAGCGCUGUGGGUCCCGUGGUGGGUCUGGACGUCCCUCUGAAGUACUCCACCCUGCUAAGCCCUGCGGCCUCGCCGGGCAGCAGCAGCGACACAGACUGAGACCGUGUGCGUCCCCGUGAAGUCUUCAGUACUUGCCGUGUUGAGGCUGGAUUAAGAACUCCUAAUCCACCGAGGCGCCGACGGUACCGGGUCGUUGGGAUGGCUUAACCUCUGUGGUUAUCUGUGUUCUGUUAUGUUCAUGAUGCAUAACGCUAAAGAAGAAUGAGAGAAUAUCCAUAACCUCCACACAGCUCUCCACAGGGUGACCGCACACGCUAACAGAGUUAACAUGUUUAACUGUGACAUGCUACCAUAGGUUAAUACAAUAUGCUAACAUGCACUAAAAGCACACGUGGCUGACUCUGAACCUCUGAUAUCUUCACAACGACUGUAUUUGUUUGCUGCUACAUUGAUGAUCUGAAUAUUAUGAAGAGAAUCUUUUAAAGAAAGAAAUUAGUCUCGAUCUGUUUUGUAGGUGGCAUAAAGCAAAAUGAAGGUGUUCUUAUGUGGAGGCUGUGAUUUACAUAUUCGAUUUUUAUAUUUUUUUACUUGCGGUAAUAUUGUCUGUUUGUACAGUAGCUCUGCAUGUCAAAUCUCUUUAUAUAAGAAGAUGAAUAAACAUGUAUUGUAAGAGA